CUAGCCGAUCACCUCCUCCUUCCUUUGAUGUAUUUGUUGAUUUGUUCUGUUAUUAUUGGUUCCCUGUUGCGUGCUCUUCACCCAGCAGGUCUUACCCUCCCUUUAAAAUCUAAGAACGGCUGUGUAAUGCCAGCAUGAGUGUAGCCGUGUGCUGCUGCUGUUCCAUCGUUAAGUGCCCAAUUUUCAGCCUACCUAGUUGUUCGCGCGCUUCUACGGCUUUGGAUUCUUUCCGUUUGGAAUCGUCAUCCCCUAACAAACAGCGGCAAACUUACCCUUCUUUGCUUAUGAUCAGGUUUUUAGAUCAUAGUCUCUUUCAUAAUUUUCCAUAUUGCCGUACAAAAGCAGUUGUGGAUUUCCGUCAUCAUCAUCUGGCGUGCCUGCCCGAAACGGUUGAAGGCAACAAACCAACGCACGACGACAAUGAUGGAGACGAUGAGGUGAGGGGCCAGAAACCUCAACUGGUUGCCAGGACACUCCAAAUGAUUCUGCCCAGAAGAAUUGCGUCGGUGGUAAAAGAAGUCAUUCCCCAAGAAAAUUUGGCGAUUCUUACAGCCUGUGUCGUUGGUCUCUUCACUGGCCUCGCCGUUGUGCUAUUCAACAACACAGUGCAUAACAUACGGGACUUUUUCUGGGAUGGGAUUCCUUCUCAUGGUGCUUCAUGGUUGAGGGAGGAGCCUAUUGAAAAAAUUUGGAAACCAGUAAUAUUGGUACCUGUUUGUGGAGGUGUGAUUGUAAGCUUGUUGAACAAUAUAGUAGAAGCUCUUGACAUCCCUUCAGAAGAAAUUCUGUCGAGUCAUUUGAAGGCUGUGUUGAGACCAUUUUUGAAAGCUGUGGCGGCUUCUGCCACCCUUGGGACAGGGAAUUCAUUGGGACCAGAAGGUCCCAGUGUUGAAAUUGGUGCAUCUAUAGGCAAGGGGGUCAGUAAUUUGUUUGAGAGCAGUAGUGAAAGAAGGCUUUCUCUUGUGGCUGCGGGUUCAGCAGCUGGAAUCUCAUCAGGGUUCAACGCUGCUGUUGGUGGUUGUUUUUUUGCCGUGGAAUCAGUACUAUGGCCAUAUCCACCAGGUUCAUCCACAUCGCUUACAAAUACAACUUCUAUGGUGAUAAUCAGUGCAGUUGUAGCUUCUGUAGUGUCAGAAAUUGGCCUAGGUUCUGAACCAGCAUUCAAGGUCCCAGUAUAUGAUUUUCGUUCUCCAAGUGAACUUCCACUGUAUCUUUUGCUGGGUGUCCUAUGUGGAUUUGUCUCGUUGACCUUGUCUUGGUGCACAUCAUACAUGCUGACAGCUAUUGAUCAUGUUCACAAGGCCACAGGGAUAUCUAAGUCCAUGUUUCCUAUACUGGGUGGUUUUUCUGUUGGCCUGACAGCCUUAAUGUACCCUGAGAUUCUUUACUGGGGCUUUGAGAAUGUCGACAUUUUAUUAGAAUCACGACCAUAUGUGAAAGGCCUGCCUGCUUACUUAUUGCUUCAGUUGGUAGGCAUCAAGAUAGUAGCAACUUCCUUUUGCCGGGCUUCUGGAUUAGUGGGAGGUUAUUAUGCCCCAUCUCUUUUCAUUGGUGCAGCAACAGGCAUGGCUUAUGGGAAAUUUGUUAGUUAUGCAGUCUCCCUGUUGGAUCCGGUAUUUCACCUCUCCAUCUUAGAAGUGGCAUCACCUCAAGCAUAUGGCCUGGUGGGGAUGGCUGCAACCCUGGCAGGAGUGUGUCAGGUACCUCUUACUGCAGUUCUCCUCUUAUUUGAGCUGACACAGGAUUAUCGAAUAGUUCUACCCCUACUGGCUGCAGUGGGGUUGUCUUCAUGGAUUGCAUCUGGACAGACAGGGGAAAGGAGUUCUGACGACAAGAUAGCCUUCUUAGAAGGAAAGGCUGGCAUGAGAGAACAACCUGAAAUAACUCCUUUGGAUUCAAGUAUUCUGUCUUCUGGUUCUUCACUUGCUGGGGAAGUAUCUCCUCAAACCAACAUGUGUGAAUUUGAGAGUUCACUCUAUCCAGAUGACUCUGUUAUUGAACCCAAAGAUUUAAUAGCAAGGAUUUUUGUUUCACAAGCCAUGCGAACAAGAUACGUGUGCAUCCUGAUGAGCACUUUGCUAACAGAUACAGUGACACUCAUGCUUGCAGAGAAACAGUCUUGUGCAAUGAUCGUCAAUAAUGACAACUUCCUGAUUGGAUUCCUAACUCUUAGAGACAUUCAAGAGUUCAGCAGAUUAGCUGAAAUAAGAAAUGGGCAGACUGAGGUUGAAAAGCUUCCAGUAUCUGAAUUAUGCCGCUUGAAUGGUGGGAAAUGUAGUGUUCUUUGGACAGCAACGCCAGACAUGAAUCUUCUCUCUGCACUUAAAUUGAUGAAUAAGCAUGGUGUGAAUGAACUUCCAGUUGUUUCAGAACAUGUGGAAGAUUACAGUGGAUACCCAAUUGGUCUUUUGGACAGAGAAAGUAUCAGUCUCACUUGCAGGCAUUCUUACCAACUUCUCUUAUUGGUGUUUGAUAGAAUUACAAUGUGUAUUCCUGCUUUCUCUUUUUUGUAGUGGUAAUUUGAGUUUGGCCACUUAUAAAAGAAAGCAUUGUGCCCUACCUGUUUCUGUUCCUCUGACAG